AUGGAGGCGAAAAUGCAGAACGGCUCAUCGAAAACAGGCAGAGGGGUUACAGUCAACGGGACGGUGUCCACCCUGAAGAGGCAGCCGAGGCCCAAGACAGCGUCCAGCAGGCAGGAACGCGGCUCCUGUUCUUCAACGGCCUCUUGUCCAGUGUUCUCGGGAUGCCAGAGCGACCUGGACGAAGAGCCGCAGCCACGCUGUCCGUCCAGCCUUUCCUCGCCUACCCUGCACAGGCCUGGUUCCACCUCCAAUCUGAAGGGCUCCGUCUCCAGCCUGCAAGGUUCCUUGUCAAGCCUAAAGGGUUCGGUGGUCAGCCUCAAAAGCUUUCCUACCUCCUCAACACUGCAGAGCUCCAGUCUCAGUCUGCGCAGCACCAGCCCGAGCCUCCGGAGCUCCAGCUCCAGCCAGCGCAGCAGCAGCUCCAGUGAGGACGACAGCUGGGACACUAACAGCUGGAGCUCCGGGGCCACCUGUCUCCUGCGCAGCUCCAUUAAGCAGCACAGCGAGGAGGUUUUCCGGGUGCGUGCCAUCUCUGUGAGUAGACCUGAGGGUACGAGCGAUUCCGAGACAGGCUACCAGAACUCCGACAGCUGCCAGGGAAGUGUGGUGGGAUCGGAGAGCCAGGAGGGAGCGGAGCAGGUCGAUGCAGGGCGGAGGGACUCGUUGUCGAGUCAGGGCACCUCCGCUGCGUCAACGGCGUCAUCCAACUUAGAGCAGAAAAUUGAAGAGAAGCUCAAGUUUUCUCAGUUUCUUGAUGAGGUUACAUGUAGGGUCCUGGAACCUGAGUGUCUGCAAGCCUUCGGAGCGCCUAUUCGUCAGAAGGAGCAGCCUUGUCCGCAAACAUCGUCUCUCCAAUGCCUAAACUUAACACCAGUUUCCAGUCCUUGGUUUGGUUCCAGUAGGGAUUCUGCCUGUAAUUCCAGGGACAGUAACAUGUACAAGUGGGCCAAGUGCAUGCCGAGCUGUAAGAUUCUGGAUGCCAGCGAGACCCUUAGAAGAACUCAAGAGGAACCACCGUUCUUGGAAACGUUAGGAAGUACCUACCUAGAGACUGACAUAGACAGAGUAAGGAGGGAAGAUGAAGUGAGCUCCAUACAUCUACGAGACGUGGAGAAGAGAACUUUACAGACGAGUGGCAAAUCUUCUCGUGGAUGCCCGAGUUCUGUUUCAAAGCGAUCCGACGGGCCACCGCGGCCACCGCACCGCACCACCUCGCUCCCGAGACCUGCUGUGAGCGCCAUCAUGGUCUCUGAUGGAGACGCAAGCAGCAGCAGUUCACUGCAGGAGCAGAAGGAGGAUCUGCGCAGACAUCUCGGCUGCACCACACACAAACUGCAGCAGCUGCAGAGCGAGUUCGAGUCGACGCGUCAGUAUCUGGAGACGGAGCUGCGACGAGCUCAAGACCAACUCGACAAAUUCACUGAGAGACUGCGCAGGAUUCAGAGCAGCUAUGCAGCUCUUCAGAGAAUCAACCAGGACAUGGAGGAGAAAAUCCACCGAAUGACUCAACGUCACGAAGAGGAGAAGAGAUCUCUGAGUCGAGAAAUCGUCAUGCUGAAAAACCACCUGAUGGAGGACAAGAUCACCAUCCAGAAGCUGCGAGAGGAUAACGAUCUGUAUAGGAAAGACUGUAAUCUGGCGGCUCAACUGCUCCAGUGUGGAAAAUCUCCUUACAGAGCGCACAAACUCUCCGAGCUUCCCGCUGAUCUUCAGGAGCGAGUGAGCUCCCACAUGCAGCGGCAGGGUCACGGCCGGAGCGCAGCGCUGCAUCACUCCUUUUCAGACGCCGUUCCCACCGCCGUCAUCGGCCGGGUCCUGGAGAAACCUGAGCCUGGGAGAAGCUGUCCGGUCACACGCUCGCCGAGCCCGCAAGCCCCAGAAUUCCCAUCCGGCACAGAAAACAAAGUCCAGCGGCACACGGCGUAUAAGUCGUCUGACCUGUACUGCAGCGACACGGCGCUGUACUGUCCCUCUGAUGAGCGGCGGCGCGACCGCUGGACGGAGAGACGGCAGAGCGCGGACCAGAGUGGACGGAUCCGAGGACACAAGUCCACCGACAGCAACCUGGACGACGAGAGCUUCCCUCUGCAUGAAGACCAUUUCCGUGGGUUCGACUUCGGAUCUCUUCCCGCCUUCAGCUGCAGCACAGCCUCGGAUGAGAAGCUUCACGGUUUGUCUUUGUGCACAGACUGGUGCGAUGGAGACUAUGAGCGCAAGAACUUGUCCUCGUAUGGAAAGGAACGUCCAGGUUUUCCCAAGUCAAGCAGCUCCCAGCAUGUGGGCUCACAGAACGGCCGAUCCGGAGACAGACGCGUCCUCGUCCCUGCGGACCCGACGGAUGGCUGCCGGCAGAUGAGCAUCGAGGACAUCAGCAGAUUCUCGCCCUUCGGUUUCCCAGAGCACCACUUUACGGCCGGUCCAGCCAAGAUCAAACCAGGUCCUCUUUACAGCAGCUUCCAGGAGGAAGACAACAUCUUCCGCAGGCGUGUGCCGGAUCCACGAUUCCUUGCGUCAACGGGAUCGAGUCCUGUGCUGAACCCGAAGACGAGUCUGAAUGCGUUGAAGGCCGAGAGAGGACUGAUGUUUGGCUCAAAGGGUUCGACAAGCAGCUUUUUCAUGACUGGAAACGCCAAAGACAAGGAGAACGUGACUAAAGACGCUUUACAGAGAGAUCACGCUGAUGAAAGCCCCGGCAGUUCAGCGGAGUCACUGAACCACGAUCUGGACGUCCAGAAAUACAAAGAUCUUAAAAACCCCGGAGCUCAGAAGAUGAUGCAACAGCAUCAAAAGUUUGGAAACGCUGGACUCAGUCGCAAAGACAGUCUGACUAAAGCUCAGCUUUAUGGAACGCUGCUUAACUAA